AUGGCCUCACAACCAGUCCAGACGAAGACCCUCAAGGGGACCUUCGAAAAGAUCCUAGAUCCCACCAAGAUCGGUACCUGGAACAUUAUCCGCCGUCCGCCUAUUGAGAACCACAGUGUUAUCCAGGGCAAACCCCGGGAGCAGAACUCCAAUGCGUUCAAGACACAUCAAUACAAGGAGGGUGUGCGGUUACGGAAGGCCAUCAAUGCCUUGACGCACGGAAAGAACAUCUUCGUCUACCAUAACAUCCGCACAAACCAGGUGGUGUACUCACUGACGCGAUACCUCGAGAAAACCAACGUCCUCAAGCAACUGCUAUACCACGGCAAGAAGACCGUCCCCGCGACCCUUCGAAAGGACAUGUGGGUUCCCUACUUCUCCGUUCACUUCAACGACUCCAAGAUCGGUCUCCGCGCAUACCAUCUCCUCCGCGAGUUCUCCAUGCAACGCCAGCUCGACCCGCCACGGGAAAUGAUCACUAUCACAGAGAAAUUCCUUAGCCAGAAGCGACCACGGAGUCCAAAAGAGGCGGAAGAGUUUGACGAGAAAUACAACGACAAGAUCGGCUGGUUGAUGGAGAAGAAGGACCGAGCUCGCGCCGUAAUGGACCAGAAGGCUACCAGCGUUGCCGAUGUCUCCGCCGUCUUGGCAAUCCAGGAACAGGAAAUCCAGGACGGAUUUGCUGAUGGCAAGAGAGGAUAUCUGACUCGUGGCGCCAGACGCCGUCGCCGGGCAGCUCGCAAGAAGGAAGAGGCCAAGCAGGUUGGGCACGCUGAGCGAAUUGCCAACUUCGAAGCCACUCUGAGCACGGAUAAAGUCGCCUACAAGAUUCAGGACCCUGCGAACGAGUCGACUGAGGGCGCUCCUGUCCGCUCCCCAACAGACAUGGUGAAGAUCCUCUGGAACGAUCUGCAUAACGCCCGGUGGGCCGAAACCUGGCCGGAGCGCGUUCUACACGGUGAGUUGGACCUCAGUCGUGACCACGUGAUGCCCGGAGCGAAGCCAAUUUACGGCGUUGAGAUCCUCGCAGACAAGCAGUUCAAGGAGAAGAAGACAGAGGAGGCCACGGCCUAG